AAAAAAAAAAAAAAGAAAAAGAAAAAUCUAGCUCGUUCGGGGAUGAAGGCAAGGCGCCAGAACAAUUCUUUGUCAUUCCGAUCAAUUGCGUUCUCCUUUUUCCUGCCUUCAUCUUGCACUCGCCACCAUGUCCAAUAAAAUCGUCCCGACUGUCUAUCGAGCCAUUCUUGACGAUGUGGAGGCUAACAUCCGUUCUUCCUUCGAAGACUACGGCGUGGGCGAAGAUGUCUUGAAAACCCUCAUGCAGAGCUGGCAAGAUAAGCUGCAAAACUCGCGCGUGGCCGAAUUCAUCCCUGAGCCCACCCCGGCUGCACAAGUCCCGAGCGGCCAUCUUCCUUACCCAGGUGGCAUGGCCCUCCCCCCGUACGCCAUGCCCCAACGAGCCGGCCCCAUCGCCACCGGCAACGCAUCGGGUGUGAAAACCGAGCCCGGAGCACCGCACAUGCCCUACGCCACUCCCUACGCCAUGCCCAUCCUGCCUGGCCCGCAGAUCCCAGGGCUCACGCUCCCGCCGGGCACCGCGCCCCCGAGCGGCCUCGGCAUCCUGUCCUCGAGCCUGAACACCGCGCAGCUCAGCGCGCUCAACCAGAUGAUGACCCAGCACAUGUUCCAGCUCCCGCAGGUCGACGGCGCCCACACGGACGACGACGAGGACGAGGACGACUACGACGAGGUCGUGCCCGGUACGGCGCCCCGCAGCUCGCAUCCGUCGCUGCCGCCGGCGCCGGCGCCCGCCCCUGCUGUAGCCGGCCCCAGUGGCUCUUCUGCCCGCCCACGUGCGCUUGCGCCACCUGCUCCGGCCUCCACGUCCAAGCCGACCAGCACCGAUCCGGAGGAUGCCAUCAACAGCGAUCUGGAUGACUCAGAUACGGACAACGAGGGCGACGGCGCGAAUGGCGGGGACGAUGCUCUGGAUGGAGCGAUGGGCGGGGAGGCGGAUGUCAUCUUCUGCACGUACGAUAAGGUUGCCCGAGUGAAGAACAAGUGGCGGUGUGUUCUGCGCGAUGGAAUCGUCCAUGCCAAGGGCAAGGACUAUCUUUUCCAGCGGUGCACAGGAGAAUUCGAGUGGUAGUCGUCUGGUGGUGCCAUCGGCGGCUCGCAUUUGGAGCUUCUACGCCCGAAGCCUGAUCAAAGAAAACUGUAUCGACUCAAGAAGACAUUGGCCACACAUUCUCCUAUUCAUAUAUCGCAUAUCCAUUCCCAUCAUCCGUACAUUUCCCCGUACAUAGCAUGUAUAACCCACAUUCCAAUCUCAUUCCCUCACACAUGUGCGGAAGGAUCAGCCCGGGACGUAGUUCAUCCAGAUCCUCAGACCGGUCAGAUGCUUCGGAUGCUUCUCCGCGUCGCAGCAGACCGCGCAUUGGGGCUCAACAAGUCGUACUCCUGCACUGCGAGCCGAAGGCAGGGUUCACGAUAUGCAACAGCUAGGUCGCGAAUCGUCACAACACGUGGACGUUACUGAUCGAGAUCGAGAGAAUGGAUCUGCAACUCUUCGGGACGAAGAUGCGUUUAUUUAUCCCAUAUAUGAGCAACGCCCCAGAGCCUGUAGGUCUGGCAGCAAGAACGCUGUCGUUCAUGCUUG